AUGCUCGAUCUACUUCGCCCUCGAAAUGUUCCGUCCGCCUCCUCCUCUCUCCCUCAUCCCUCUACUUCCUCCCUCUCCUUCCUUCCUCUCCUUCAUCCCUCUUUUUCAUCCCACUCCUUCAUCCCUCUCUCUCAUCCCUCUCCUUCCUCUCUCAUCCUUCAUCCCUCCCUCUCAUCCCCCUUCCUCAUCCAUCUCCUUCCUUCCCCUCCCUCAUCCCUUCCUCCCCCUCUCUUCCCCAUCCCUCUGCUUCCUCCCUCUUAUUCCUUCCUCCCUCAUCCCUCUCCCCAUCCCUCUCCCCAUCCCUCUCCCCAUCCCUCUCCCCCAUCCCUCACCGCCAUCUGGGCCACCUUAUUGCAGGCUAGCGGUUUGAGAGAAGGGUUAGCGAGUCCGCCUGGGGAAAAAAUCGGCGGAAGCGAAGCUGGUGAUUUCAGCGGCGGUGACAAUAACGGAAGCGAUGCAAGCGGUGGGGACGGUGGUACGGGUGAUACUGAAGCCAGUGAUAGUCUCGAAAGUGGGGUGGAUAAGGGGGGAGAGGAGAUGAGUGGAGGUGGCAAAGGAGGGGGUAAUGAAAUGAAGGAGGUCGUUUUAGAGGGCUCGAAUGAAGCCUUUUCCACUGCCGGCAGCAGCACUAGCGUUAGAAGCAGCAGCAGCGAUCCCUCUUCUUCCUCCGUCCCAUCUGAUUCUACUCACAGUUCCUCCUCCUCCUCCCCCUCCUCCCCUUCCUCCGCCUCCUCCCCCGUCGCCACCUCCGCCCCCUACACCUCCUCCGCCGUCCCCGCCGUCCCCGCUGCCCCGCUCUGCGACCUGUAUCAGGGGCGGUGGGUGCGUGCGCGGCAGCGCGCGCUGUACUCGGGGAAGAAGUGCAAGUGGAUUUCGCUCAACUGGGCGUGCGCGCGCAGCAACCGCCCGCGCGAGAUGCGCCAGUACGAGCGCCUGCGCUGGCAGCCGCGCGGGUGUAAUGCGAAGCGGUUCAGCGCGGAUGGCUUUUUCCGCAGGAUGCGGAACAAGAGCCUUGCCUUUGUGGGGGACUCGUUAGGCCAGCAGCAGUUCCAGUCGCUGCUCUGCCUUCUCUCCCCAAAAGGCCCGCCCAAAAACAUGUCCGACCCUUCAUCCCCCAUCCAAGACGUGGGCCCUGAUUACGGUUUCUUUCAGCUGCCCAGGGCCCGCCGCCCGACCGGUUGGGCAUACAGAUUUGUGAAAUAUAACACUACAGUGAUUUUCCGCUGGACGACGUGUUUAUGCGAAAUCGAGCCGUUCAAUAAGGAGGAUUGGAAGAAGGGCCAGGCGAUGCACUUAGACCGGCCUGACACUUUUCUAAGAGACUUCCUUAAGGAGCUGGACGUCGUCGUUCUGAACACAGGGCAUCACUGGAACCGGGGCAAGAUGAAAGAGAGCGCGCUGGAGUUCUUCCUGAAUGGUAGCAAGGCGCCGCCGGUGAGAAAACGGCCGAUGGUCAUGGCACUGGCGCUGAAAACGGCGAUCCGGUCGGUGUCUGUGUGGAUUGAUGAGCAGCUGAAGGGGAGCGGGGAAGAGGGAGGUUUGCUGGUGAAGCCAGGAGAAGGAGAAGGGGAGGGAGGAGAGGAGGGAGAGGGAGAGGGAGGAGGGGAAGGAUUGAGGCGGAGUUUGGGCACUGCUGUGGAGCUUCCAGCUUUUGCGGCGGGUGGGGGUGCGAAGUUGAGGACGGCGAUUUUUGCAACGCCAGACACGAAGCCAAUGGUGUUCCUGCGAUCGAUAACGCCGAGGCAUUUUAUGGAGGGGGAGUGGGACUCGGGAGGGCGAUGCGACCAUCUCAAGCAUCCCUUAGGGGAUGUGGAGGUGGCCAAUAUGACAACGAGGGACGCUGAAAAGGAGGAUGGAGUGUUGGGAACAUCAGUACACCUGUUGAACAUCACGCACUUGUCAGCCUACCGUGGUGAUGCGCACCCAGCCAUCUGGGAUCCCCGAUCCAAUACGCCCAAGGGACAAGACUGCCUUCAUUGGUGCUUACCGGGAGUUCCAGACACGUGGAACGAGCUGGUUUACACACACAUUGUGGAGAGGGAACGAUUGGAGAAGCAGAACCUGAAUGCCAUGUAA